AUGAAGGUAGCAAAUGUUCAACUGACAGGUGAAAGAUGUGACAUUGUAUAGAUAUAUAAGGUAAAACAGUUUUCAAUGGCAAAUUACAGUUAUUUCUUUUCUAUUAAGAGGCUGAUAUUACGUGACUUUUCUUACAGAUUGGUCUGGAAGAUGUUAUGCUCAUUUAGGAUUGCAAGCUGAAAAUAAAUCCACAAAUUCAGAAUGAAAGUAGAAAAACUGUUACUUUCAUUUGUAGCUUUCAUGUUUUUGUCCGCAUGGAAUGUACGUAGUCUCGAGGGCAGAUAUCUAGAAUUCAUAACCGCUGAGUGCAAAAAUCGCUACAAGUGCACUUCGCCAACUAGACACACAGCAUUUAACGAAACAAAUUGCGAAUGUGACCACUUAUGUUCGAUAUUCAAUGACUGCUGCGAAGAUUCUCUCUACCGUACGUCUACAAGUCAGGUGAGUCGAUGGACGUGCAUGCCCUUUGGAAAUGAACCCAACAUGGGAGCCUAUGCUGUUAACAAGUGCUCUCGAGAUUUCACUGGACCCCAGGAACUGCAACACAAAUGCCAGGAUGAAAAUGAUAUCAGUGAUCCUCUAUUUUCCAUUCCGGUGACGGAUGUUUCCCUACAUUUAACAUAUAAGAACAGAUAUUGUGCUGAAUGUAAUUUUGUGCCCCCAUCUAGUCUCAUAUCGUGGUUAGUCUUACUAGAAUGCAAGAGUCUGGAAUAUAUCUCAGAUGUCGCCGAUAACUAUAUAUGGAAUAACCUCAAGUAUAGAUCUGACGUAGGACAAUGGGGAGUGGAACUUAACAAUGACACUAACCAAUUUCACUCGUGCAACCUAAUCUUCGAUAUGCCUUUUUAUCUUAGAAAUGACGUCAGGUUAUGCCGGGCAAACUUAGUGUCAACCUGCCCUUCUACCUGGAGGCAAUUAUCGGUGAAAAAAGCUUGCGAAUCUUAUAUGGCGAUGGUUUACAAGGCUGGAAAUGAUGAUCAAGCUUUCAGAAAUCCACAUUGUGCCCUCUGCAACGAUAUAAGUGCGGACGUUCUUUCUUGCGAUAAAGACAUUUCUGCCAGGGAAAUAAAGCCAUUCUCUUUUUCUCUUUUAUUAGACUUUAAUCUAAGAGACGGAAACUAUGUGGGAAUGACAGAGUGCCCAAAAGAUCACCUAUAUGAUCCAUUUUUCAAGAAGUGCCGGAAGUUGGUAUGUAGUUUUCCAGGGUACUCUUUGGUAAAUGGUCGAUGCGUACGAGAGUGACUUUAUAAACCACACUCAUUUUUCAAAACGUUCCUGUUGCUAAAUAUGUGUUUCAACAUAAAUUGGAUAUUUCAGUCGUAUUAAACUUGGGUUUCUGAAAUAUGUUAAAUAAAAUACCAUGUGGAGUACUUUUUGGAA